AUGUGGUGCGACAACUGCCUGCUCAUCUUUCCGCUUCGGCACGGCGCCAUUGCCUGGGACGUCUUCAUUGCCCUCUACAGCCUUGCCGGGUCCAUCUUCCUCUUCCGAUAUGGCCAGUACUUUUUCUUUGACUUUCCCGAAUGGCAGAUCUACGGCGGCAUUGGCAUGGCCGUCAUGUCAAUCUGCGUCAUCAACAUCAUCGGCCUGAGCAACUCGACGUACAUGUGGAUGCGCGUCUGCUUCUUCAUCUGGCCCAUCCUGCUCAUCACGACGGCCGUGCGCGCGGGCGUGAUGAUGUUCCAGCUCGACCGCAAGCAGGGCAACAUCAUCUGGGAGUGCAACAACGGCGGCCAGCUCUGGGGCGAGUCGGCCGGCGACGGCUACGGCAACGGCACCUCGAUGCCCUCGGGCGUCUGCUCGGCCGGCUUCCACAGCCUGUACAUUGCCUUUGUCUUUUCCCUCGUCAUCGACUUUGGCUGCCAGCUCUACGCCUACUUUCUCUGCUGGCGCUUCAUGAAGCGCAUCGAGCACUACUACGCCCUCGCACAGAGCGACAAAGGUUAUUAUUAGACUCCUUUCUUCUUCUUUCUUCUCUAGCCCUUGCUAUUCUUUCAUCUUUCUUUCCAGCGAUAGGGAUAGCACCAUAGACAUACUGACACCUCGAUGCAUUCUGCUCAGGGUUAUACCGCAUCUGAUCCGCCCUUGCUCCUCGUCGCUUCCUCAUCUUCAUCGUCAUCUUCAUCAGUCACACGCAGCUUAGCUAGUCCAAAACACACACACACACUCUAGCUCUUCGAUUUCUUUGCAGCUCACUCAGUCGAUCCGCCCUUCUCCGACCCGACCCGACCUCGAUCCUGACCCUCGAAGCCGAAGCAAUGGACGCGCGCACGCACAAGAUGGACGACGGAGCCUCCCUGGACACUUUUCAUCGCACUUGUACUCUCUUCUAUUCCUUCCCCCCUUUUUCCCUGGGACUCUCUUGUAACGACAAAGACGAUGACGGCUCUAGUUGAAAAAAAGACUCUUUGCAUAUC